AACAGCGUACUUUACGGACGUAUACCUACUUUGUUAAUAUUUCGAAAAAAUAAAUUAGUAAAUACGUAGUGAAGUGAAUAAAUUGUUGUAUGUGUAACCUUGAAAGUAUCGUAUAAAAGUGCGUGGUGACCUUGGAUAAUAUAAAACUGGAUAAGUUUGUCAUACAGAAUUUGUGCAGAACAGACUUGUUGGCUCGUGAUGAAACGUUCGAAAAUGUGUCUUAUGUGAUACGUGUUAAAGUGUAAUUUUAAGUGACAAGGCUAGUGAUGUCUGUGGUCAGUGUGAAGUGGCUGGUGCUGUGGUCGCUAUGGGCUGCACGCCUGGUGCGACAACCUACUGACGUUCUUCAGAUAAGCAAUGGUCCCGUGAGAGGCUCCAUCAGCCCCGAUGGCUCCCAUAGGAACUACCUCGCCAUACCUUAUGCGACUGUUCCUCAUCGGUUUCAAGGUCCAGGGCCGGAACCAACAUGGGAGAGAACCUUCGAAGCAGUCAACGAAAACGUGAGAUGCAUGCAGAGUGUAGCAGACACCUGGACUGUCGGUGGCACUGACUGCCUCAUCCUCAAUGUGUUCACACCCUUAGACGCCACCCCCGGCGACAAGCUGCCCGUCAUGACCUUCAUCCACGGAGGAGGCUACUUCAAGGGCUCCGGCAGCAUGCUACUCUACGGCCCCAACCACUUAGUAACCAAAGGCGUUAUCCUAGUCACAAUCAACUACAGACUUAACAUACAAGGCUUCCUUUGUCUUCGCAUCAAAGAAAAUCCUGGAAACGCAGCUAUGAAAGACCAGGUCGCUGCUCUGAGGUGGAUUCAGAGGAAUAUAAAGAAGUUUGGAGGUGAUCCUGAUAAUGUCACGAUAUUCGGUGAGAGUGCUGGUGCUGCAUCGGUCUCCUUCCACCUUUACUCUCCUAUGUCUAAGGGACUUUUCCAUAAAGCUAUUACUCAAAGUGGAUCUGCUCUCGCUCCGUGGGCUUAUCAGUUCAGACCCGUGUUCUUAGCAAGUUUGUUAGCCAAGGUCAUGUUAUAUGAGUCACAAGAUCCUCAUGAAUUGUACAAGUACUUCAUGACAAAGUCCAACCAGGAGCUCAUUUUGACCAGAGUACCUAGAGCAGAAGGUAACAUCCUUACUUCUGAAAUAUUAUACACACCGUGUACAGAAAAACCAAUAGAAGGUGUGGAGCCCUUCCUAACAGACUACCCAUAUGAUCUUCUCACUAGGGGAGAAUAUAACAAAGUUCCUAUGAUCAUAGGUACUAACAAUGAAGAGGGUCUAUUGAUAUUAAAUAUGGAUAACGACACCAUGAUACCUACUAUUAAGUUCGAGAAAUCUUUGCCAAAGAAUUUGGAAAUUCUUGACGCAAAAACUAAGCGCGAGGUAGCUAAAGAGCUAGAACAUCUGUACAUGGAUGGAGAUGAGAUUUCAAUGGAUUCUGUGGUGAAGAUAUCGAAAUGGUACGGAGAGCCAACAUUGGUCUUUCCUUCAUUGGUUGAGACGGAGAUGAUUUUGAAGAGUUCGGAUCAGCCAGUUUACAAUUACAAGUUCCAGUACUCCGGGUGGCGGAAUAUCCCGAAGAUGUUCAUGCCGAGCAGGCUGCGGGGGGUGGAGGGGGCGACGCAUGCUGAUGACGUGUUCUACAUGUUCUCGCAGCACUUCAUAUUCUCUAACUUCGAAAAUAAGAUGAUAGAGCGAGUGUCGACACUCUGGACAAACUUUGCUAAAUAUGGGGACCCAACUCCAGCCGACUCCAGUUUACCAGUAAAGUGGGCGCGGACCAACAGCUCAUCACCAACGUCGCUGGUGAUAGACGCUGAGUUCUCCACCGCCCCGCUCUGGUACAACGACAGACUCAAGUACUUGAGAGAACUAUACUCCAAGUUCAGAAGGAAAAGAUAAUGACCAGCUAACACUAGAACUAGCAAAAUUUAAUUUAUUAUAGGUUUUUUUUUAAUCAGAGUUUUGGUCACCGACUCAGAAAUUCUUAAACCAUUUUAAUGGUGAACUUUAUAAUUGUUGCGUAAUUGUUAACUGUUGUAUAUUAAAGUCAAGUAAAGAACAAAUUAUCAUAAUGUUAGUGUCAGUGAAGGUGGGUUGAAUAAUGAAGAGCUCAUGUGUGUGAAAUUAAUGUAUUUACACUGGUUGUGAAAUGAUUAGGUCGAAAUAAUUAUGUCAAAAUAUUGGGAUCAGUAAAAGCUGUUAUCUAGCUAAUUAGGUCUAUUUGUAUCGCAAAUCACCAAUCUUUUAUCCAAACUACAGAUCCUCUAUCUAUUGAAAAGAAACUUCGAAUAGAAAAGCGACGAAAGUAAAAGAAACGUGAGCGAAAGAUGAUUAGUUGGACUCUUACUGUUGAAUUAGCUCCAGCAACGAUGCGAACUACCGUCAUUUGGCAAACUCCGGCCUGUACGUAUUGACCUCGGCUCGUAAACCAGGGGGACACUCGAGUGCAUCCCCUAAUUAGGACAGCCAGGACCUUCCGGGGCUCGACCAACUGGAACUUUGAACAUUCUCCGACCAGGAAUUAUUUAUUUUAUUGCCGGAAUGAGGACUCACCGAUGCGUUGCGAAUUUCUUCAGCGAACGUCUGGGCUUUCAUUAAUUUUGGAACUCCAUUAAGGGACUCUCAUCGAGUCAGCUCUAUUAACAUUUUGAUGCAACUCCAUUGUUCAGUAAACGGGUUUUAAAAUUAAAAUCGUUUGCCGAUAAA